ACACACACACACACACACACACACACACACAGGACUGUCUCAGCUGUCAUUUUCGUUAAGGAGUGUGCACGUACAACAUGCGCGCCUUGUGCACGAGCCUACUAUUGAAGCUGCCAUUACGCUUUUGGCCUGAGGGGGCAGUCGUGAGCAUAAAAAUUCAAAAGUCCGAAAAGUCCCUGUAAUAAAAUGUCACUCAGACCCCCCCACCGCCCCCUGUGGCCAGAUAAUUGCAAUUGCAACUUCAGACUGGUGGGGAGCUUUGUCGGGACUUAGAAAAACAAUUACAGACAUACCUGGGGCUGCAGUCUGGUUCCAGCAGGUUUCCUGCAGCUGAUUUAUUUAGUUUAGUGAUUAAUUGCUCCAGUAGAAACCAGUGAAGGGUGGGGAGUUGUUUCAGCUGCUAGAUUAAGGUUUUAAAAAUGCAAACGCACAGCAGUGAGACUGGUUUUGUGUUCGGUUUGACAGAUAAUUAAUAGCGGACACUAGGGGGUGCUAAAAUCAGGCACACCCGGCAAGUGUGCCUUCAACACAGGUAAGAAAACAUCUGGUAACAUCAAAUCUCUGUAUCUGAUGGUGGACAAACACACACGGAUCACACACUCAUCUAUUGCGAAUAAAGAAAAUCAGUGAAAUUGAGAACUAUUGUAACUAGGGCGAUUUAGGAAAACAAUUUAAUUAUGAUUUUUUUUCUUCAAUAUUACGAUUUUGAUUUAACUUUCUGAAGGGGCUUUUCUCAUAUUUUUUCAACUAACGCAAGCAAAAUAAAAAAAAUCAUCAAUGUAUUAUUAUAAACAAUAUCAGAUUCAUUAUGUGCAAAUUAUUCUUCUACAGCUCUGUCAGCUGAAAGUUUGCUUAGUGGAAGUCGAAGCACUGGUGGCUGGCAUUUUAGCCAUGCAACUCUCAUAUAUGGUGGUGUGAUGUUCCUUUGCGUGUAGAUAAAGGUUCGUAUUGUUACCUCGCGAGGUAGCAACAGUAGCAAGGCUGGUUCUGCACAGUACGCAGCAUAUUCUUGUUUCUAGCCAUAAUAAUUCCACACAACUAAUGUGCAAUUCCUCUUCAGGACCAAACUUUGUGCAGCAUUGGGUUCUGUUGUGCCUGAGGCCAAUUUACGACAGGUUUUCUUCUCUCCUUGCCUUGUUUGAGGCGCUUGUGGAGGAGAUCUCGCGACCAGUCAAAUCGCAGCCUUUGUGAUUAGAAAAUCUCAUUUUGUCACAUUGCAAUAUAAUUGCAUGUGCAAUUAGUUAUUCAGCCUUAAUUCUAGCAUGUCAAUAAUAAUAACAACAGACUUUUCUGCUUGUGUUGCCAGUGCUCCUAUCCUGUGUGGGAGGACUUCAGCGCCAAGGCCACCAAGCUGCAUUCCCAGCUCCGAACCACUGUUCUAGCUGCUGUGGCCUUCCUGGAUGCUUUUCAGAAAGUGGCAGACAUGGCUACCAACACCAGAGGGGCAACCAGAGAUAUCGGGUCGGCUCUAACCAGGAUGUGUAUGAGACAUCGCAGCAUCGAGGCCAAACUUCGCCAGUUCACCAAUGCUUUGAUGGAGAGUCUGAUCGCUCCUCUCCAGGACAAGAUAGAGGACUGGAAAAAGACAGCCAACCAGCUGGACAAGGACCAUGCCAAAGAGUACAAGAGGUCACGCCACGAGAUCAAGAAGAAGUCAUCCGACACCAUGAAACUGCAGAAGAAGGCUCGUAAAGGACGAGGGGACCUGCAGCCCCAGCUGGACAGCGCCAUGCAGGAUGUGACCGACAUGUGCCUCUUGAUGGAGGAGAUGGAGAAGCAGGCGGUGCGCCGAGCCCUGGUGGAGGAGAGGGGGCGCUUCUGCACCUUCAUCAGCUUCCUUCAGCCUGUCGUGAAUGGAGAGAUCGCCAUGUUGGGUGAGAUCACCCACCUCCAGGCCAUCAUCGAUGACCUCACUCUGUUGACAACAGAUCCUCACAAGCUGCCCCCUGCCAGCGAACAGGUGAUCAAAGAUCUGAAGGGGUCUGAUUACAGCUGGUCUUAUCAGACGCCCCCAUCGUCCCCAAGCAGCUCCGGCUCACGUAAGAGCAGCAUGUGCAGCGUCAACAGCGCCCACAGUAGUGCCUCCCGCUCAUCUGGGGGUGGUGUAGGUUUUGGUGGCAGUGGAGGAGGCUCCCAGCCACACUCACCCACCUCCUCCUCCUCCUCCUCCUGUCGCUACCGCAGCACCCUGCCACAGCAGCAUCUGCCACCAGGGGGCAUCGCUGCCCACCGUCUCAGCAGCGUCUCCUCCCACGACUCAGGCUUCGUGUCCCAGGAUGCCAACAUCUACUCAAAGCCUCCUUCACCGAUGCCCUCAGACAUCACGAGUCAGAAGUCGUCCAGUUCUGCAUCAUCAGAGGCCUCAGAAACAUGCCAGUCCGUCAGUGAAUGCAGCUCCCCCACCACGUUUGGCCCGUCCUUCGCUACCUUCCGCCCUGCUCUUUCUCACUCUGGCUCCACCAGGCCUCUCUCUGUCAUUCUUCCUGUUCCUGCGUCCCCACCCUAUAACCGCCCCCCUGGAUCCAGCUCCUCCUCUCCCACAUCAAAGGUUCCCAUGUGGAAGGAUUGGUCCAAAGGUCAGUAUGAACAGCCAGCUGCAGCAGCACUUGUUCAGAGGAGGAAGGAGCCGUCUGACCGGCUCAGAGAGAGCGAGGGCUCGCCAGGCUCCCAGGGAUAUGCUGGAGCAUCACACCCUGAGGACGGACAGAAGCCCAGGAUGACACCUGCUACAAUCGCUGCCAAGCAUGGCGAGGAGGUUUCUCCAGCAGCUAGUGACCUAGCUAUGGUGCUAACCAGAGGACUGAGUAUGGAGCAGCAGAAAAACAGCAGAGACUCCCUGCAGUACUCCAGCGGCUACAGCACAGAGACAACAACCCCGUCCUGCUCUGAGGACACGAUCCCUUCACAAGGCUCAGAUUACGACUGCUACUCGGUGAACGGUGACACCGAAGGUCCAGAUGGACAAGUAGAGUUCGACAAAUGCUCAACGAUCCCCAGACACUCUAACAUUGCCCAGAACUACAGGCGUAUGAUCCAGACCAAGAGGCCAGCCAGUACCGCUGGCCUGCCUAGUGGGGUUCUUGGUUCCGGGGCUCAUGGGAUACCAGGACAGCAGAGUGGAGCUGGAGGGGGAGGAGGAGGAGGAGCCGGGACUCCAGGUACCGCCACCAUCCGCCGAACCCCUUCCACCAAACCGGGAGUGAGGCGCACAAUGUCCAGCGCAGGACCCAUCCCCAUCCGACCACCCAUUGUGCCUGUCAAAACCCCCACCGUUCCUGCUGACUCUCACUCACCUGGUGCAGGUGGAGGACAAGCUGGGGGCUUGCCUGUUCGAGUGGGGAGUGAGGAGUGCGUGUUCUUCGUUGGAGCUGAGGAUGCACAAGGAGGACUUGAUUAUGUGAAGGCAUCACCAAAGCGCCUCAGCCUGCCUAACACCGCCUGGGGUUCGGGGGCAGCGCUAGAGGUCUACGCCCAGCAACACGGGGGCUUCGCAAUGGCCUCAGGCUCAGGAGCCGGGUCGGAGGAGGAGCAGAUGAUCGCAGCAAAUCGGCACAGCUUAGUGGAAAAGAUUGGUGAAUUGGUCGCCAGCGCGCACGCUCUUGGCGAGGGGCAGUUUCCAUUCCCUGCCCUCCCAGAUGACCCAGCCCCAACACCAGCAGGUCCCAGUGACGCUCAGACAGGGACCGAGGGCAUAGAAGGGUCCGGCGACAUGCUGACCACCAUCAGGAGAGGGGUUCGCCUUCGUAAAACGGUCUCUAAUGACCGCUCAGCUCCUCGUAUAUUGUGAUUAGCAGAAAAGAGAAUCCUGGAAAGCAGGAUGGUUGUCAGCUGAUAGGGAGUCAGGUGUUGGUGUAUUCCCACCACUUAGUGCACACACAAACCUAUAACUGUGUUUGGAUAAAACAUACACAAAUGACGUUUAAAGAUACAGUUAGAGUACAUACCAUACAAAUUAAUAACCUUAAUAAUGGUAACCAGUGAUGACAAUUAAACGGUAAAACUUCGUGUUGAGCGGCUCCGUGCAGACCAUAAUAACUAGUGUGUGUUGGACGCAUGCUUGUCUUCUGUACACCCUCACUCGGGUACGGAAGGACUCUCAAAAGAAGCAGAUACGAUUGAAAAAAUGAGGCAAGGAAAGAAAGAAUCUGUGUUCUGUUUGCCAACCCCCUCGUCGUUAGCUAACCCUGCCGUCUGAUCCCAGGUGAGAGACAGAGGGAGGGACAACCGAGUGAGAGGGAAGUGAGGAGUGACCGGCUGGAUCGCCUCAGCUGCAGUGCACUGAAGCGUCGGCACGAGCACGGGGAGCUAACAGACCGGACGGCCUCUCCGGUGCAACACAACGUUAAGGACUAAAAAAUCACGUUGGCAUUGAACCGUGCUCGUCCUUCUUCUUCCCUCUCUCACUGCUUUGUGUGAGUGUGCAUUUGUGUGUGUGUGUGUGUGUGAGUGUGCAUUUGUGUGUGUGUGCAUGCAGAAGGAGGCAAACGUGUGGGGUACGUAAUUGACUUAGUGUGUGUGUGUGAGCGGGGUGGGUAGAGCUCUGCUGCAGGACAGCUGGUUACCCAUUGAGGGCAGGGCUUUCUCCUGUGUGUGUGUGUGUGUGUGUGUGUGUGUGUUCUCCGUGUGUGUUUUCUUGUUUAUAUUUGUGACGUCAUUGACCACUGUAUGAGGUGUUGUGGGACGUAACACAGGCGUAGAGAUAUAUUCAUAUAUAUUUUCUAGAAUCAGAGAGAAAAUGUUAAAUCAAAAAUAACGGAGCAAUAAAUGUCUUAUUUUUCUUGUUUCGGAGAGGAGGAGGGCUGGAGGAUUGUCCUUUUGUCCCGUUCUGGCAAUCCUCAGGAAAGCUUAAUUAAACGUGGACCGUGAAGUCACGCAUAGUCGGUUUAGCCGUGCGUCUUUCUCUCUGUGCCCGUCUCAUUCUGAUUAAAGAGACCGAUCAGAAGACAAGAGCAGAAAAACUGUCAGCACUUUGAUGGGGCAGAGUACUGUCGGUACAAUAGCCGUAGAUGUUGCUGUGGCCAUGUGAAGGAGCUGCGUCGUGAGGAAUUAUUGCAUUAAUGACAGAAGAAUAAGAAGAAAAGAGGGAUAUGGAGGAGGUGAAGAAGACUGGUAGCACAGGAGUGGUUGUUAGAUGAGGAAAAGACAAAAACAGAAAAUGUACGUCUGAGGGCACAAUUGCACUGGUGUUGUAAACACUGGGGGGGGGGGGAGACAUGCACAUCAUGAACGAGUGGGAUCCCUUUGGACUUUUAUUUUUCAGACACGCUAACUUUGAGUUUAAAGCUACACGUUUCUCACGUAGAGAUCACGUCUUCAGCUUCACAAGACGUUGUGACGCCGCUCUGCUGUUCGAGCGCCAUUUCAGAUCAGGAAGAAAAAACUUUGGAGAAAGUCAUUUAAUGAAAUUCCAACAAGUUCUGUCAACCAGACAGAUCGGCAAGCGCAGAAUCUAAAUGAAACUCUUGAUGUUGGUGAUUGUUUGAUGGGCUGACUAACCAGCAUGAAGGCUGUAAACUGUAGCUCUGGUGCAGAAUGACGUGUCCUGUGUGUGUGUGUGUGUGUGUGUGUGUGUGUGUGUGUGUGUGUGCAUUCAGCAGUACACCAGCAUACCUAACAUCUGUGGCCUUGAGCUGAACCAGGCCGGUCUCCUCAGAACUCGAUUCUACAUCACAGAAUGUUCUAGAUUCACAGUAAACUCAGAAACGGCACGAGAACUACAGUUUCAGAUUUAGAGACGGAGGCAAGGUCUCAGAGUAAUGAAAUCCAACAUCUCCACCCAUCCUUACUGAAACAACCAUGUCUACCAGUGGUGUCCACACCUUUUGCCAUGCGGGCCAAAAUGAGUCAGGUUCAAACGGGUCUCAUCAAUGCCUUUAAUCAUUUAAAAUAGCAAAAUGAUUAUUUUGGUGGGCGCUAAAAGAACAAUACAUACACAUUAUUUCCAUAAGAAGAAAGUUAUGGGAUUUGUGUAGAAUAGAGAGCUGCUCGUCUCUGCAUCCAGAUCAUGUAAGGGGUCCUGUGUGUUUGCCUUAUUUUGGCACGUAACACUUGUGAUAAAUUUCACUUUAAUAUCAGGAGCAAAACACCAAACAGUCACUUUUUAAAGAGGUCCUUCUGUCCUAUUUUAAUACAUCUGCAGUGGUCUCUGAUGGGAACGAAUGCCUUGUACGUCGUGGAAAAAAAGCUCUGGUGUUUCAGCACGAGGAGAACGUAGCUUCAGACAACAGGACAUGGAGCCUGAUGUUUGGACAUCUCGCCUCUGACUGGCUAACAGGAAUAAGGCUCUGCCACUGACUCUGGUUGCUCUGUAACGGUGAUGUUUUAUCUCCGCAAAUAACACAAGCCGGAGGAGUUCUGCUGUGUGGUGGAGUUGCUAAUGCUAACGGUUAGCUUCUACUAGCAGAGACGUUCUCUGCUGUUGCUUGGAAGCUAAACCAUCAACAGCAUUCCCCGUCGUGAGUCCAGAUGGGUGAGUCCAUGAAUGUUAAGUGACAGUGUGACGUAGAUCUGUCAGGAUUUUCUAAUCCUAGAGUUUCACUGUCUGUUUUCUGUCAGAAGCUACUGCAGCAGAUAGGUGUAGGAGACUAUUUUCAUGUUCAGCCUGCAUGGAAAUCUCAGAGUGACCGAUUAUGAUCAGAAAUAAUCAUUAAAUGGGCGGCAGUAGCUCAGGAGGUAGAGCUGAUUGUCCAGUAAUCAGAAGGUUGCAGGUUUGAUCCUGGCUUCAACCAGAGGAUGCUGCUGUCGUGUCCUUGGGCAAGACACCUAACCCACCUUGCUUGUUGAUGGUCCUAGUGCCUCGCCUCUGUCAGUGCACCCCAGGAUAGACGUGGCUACGUUGUAGCUCAUCACCACCAGCCUGGGAACGUGUGAAUGACUGGUUGUGUUGUAAAGCGCCUUGGGGGGUUGUAGAACCCUAAGAAGGCGUGACACAGACAGGCCGUUUACCCUCUAAAUGAUGUUUGUCAGUGAAGGACCCCUUUAAAAUGUUGGCUGUGUCUAGUCUGGUGUUCUGAAUGGUUUCUGCUUAUUUAGCAAAGCUUAGUGGAGGUUUUAGUUUCUUUUAACAUGAAAAUAAAAUAAAAGCAAAAACUAUGAUUACUAAAGGAGGAAUAUUAAAAAUAAUCAACAUAUUUUUACUCUAGAAAGUUGUCAUAUUCUAAGCGUUUUUAUUCCUUUGCAUUUUGUUUUGGGGUUCCAGUAAAAACUACUGCCUUCAUUAUUUUUAAAGGUUUAUUUUUCAAACACCUGAGCUAGCGGCCAACAUGACCCCACUCACACAACACUGAUGUGUAUUUUCACCUGCUGACCAAGGCUCCGCCCCCUAACACUCUGGAUAUCUUGUAGGUUAUUUGCUGUUUGCACGUCCUGUCCACAAUCAAAAGGAGCUUCUUUUGUCUUUCGAACACUUCCCAGAACGAUGGUGUAGCAGCCUGUUUUAUAUCUGCCAUCUGUUGUUGAGUUUUUCAAUGGAGACUUUUUUCUGCAGUUUGUUUUCCCUUCAUCCUGAACCUUGAAUCUGUGUAACGGGAGAAUAUCUGAGAGGAAAUUGUUUUCUGUUUGAAAGAGCUGAACACAGUUGGACGCUCGUGUUCUUAAAAACAUCUGGAGUGGCUGGACUUCAGUUUUUCACUCAUCUGUUUCCCUUCUCAACUGGUCUCACAAAGACAUGAGCCACACACACACACACACACACACACACACACACUUGGCUGCAACAUUCAGACUAAACUCGGACAACAAACGCGUUCACAAACAGCAGCUAUCUAAGCGCUGAACGGUGUUGGUAAAGCUCACUGAUUAGAGUUUUACUUCCAUCAGCUUCAGCACCGUGGUGAAUAAAAUCUGGACGAUAACACAAGAGGAGUUAAAGUCUCUUUACUGGAGCAGGAAGCAGCGGCAUGAGUGGGUCCAGUGCAGUGAGACUCAGUGGGGAGGAGGACGCAUCUGGAUUCUUCAUCCAGACCUUCAGCUGAGCACCAGAACCGAGGGCUUCAGCAGGCGGCGCUUUAGAGCUUUGAUGAAACAGAAACUUUUAUUAAGAUGCAAAACGUCCAUGACAACGAGCUGAAAGGGUCCAAAGUGUCUCUGAUUUGAGUGAAUUUAGCGUGGGACAAGAACCACCACCCUUGUACGGUUUGGCGAAGGACCCAGUUACAGGCUCAGGACUAGCCUGCGAUGAUUCUGGCAUGAGAGGUAGACACCUGUGUGAUGCGCUGAUGACAGAGUGGGAGGAGUCAGACCAGAGGAGGAGGAGCAUCUCACUGCCUGUUGUGCUGGACCUGUAGAGAGAGUCAGGCACACUCUGUGACUGUUUGAAGUUUUCAUUUUAUUAAUGUAAAAAAAAUAAAAUAAGAAAGUUCCAGCUGUAACGACCUGCUGAUCUGUGUGUGUGUGUGUGUGUGUGUGUGUCCUGGUUCGACUGCUACCUGGCUCUCCACCACACCUGCACCUAUUCUAGCGGAGACUCUUAUUCGUGGAGCGUUUUAUGACCCGAGCUCCUUAAGGCUGCAGCGACGCUUCCACAUGUGGAUGUUUUGGUUUUGCUGACAUGUUUUUUUUUUCGGUGAAUCACUGUAUUUUGACACGAUGUGUUCUGACUGUGUGUUUCUACUUGGAAGUGAAAUAGUUGGGUGGAUUUGUGUUCGCACCACCCGUCAGAGCCACAGAACACAGACGAGAGUUCCAGAAAGCAGGUUAUGUGACGCUCUGAGUAAGUUAACUCAGACUUUUGGGAAACCGUUCUGUCCCAACAAGAUGAGUGAGUGAGAGAAUAGUUAGCUCCUCCUUCCUGAAAGAUGGAGCUCUAGCUUUCAUUCCCCUCCUGAAUCUUCUUUCUCCUGCCCUACAGAGGAACCAAACACCUCUGCAGAGAAAACCUUCAAAUGUUGUCAUCCUAAAACGGAUCCGUGUGGAGUCAAAUAGGCCCUAUGCAUGAGUGUGCUGUGUUAAAAAACUAUUUUACAAUAUUUCUGAUAAUAAAUCAAUUGGACUUAAAGAAAAAUUCCAAGGAGCCAUUUGGGAGACAUGGGAUUCCCAGAGCCAGCAGCAGGCUCCGCCCACCUGAGGCUGACUCUUUCUUCCUGCACAGUCCCCCAUUGAUCACAUUUAUCAGAGUAACGUCCACAAUCACAUGAGAGGAAAUGUUGUUUUACACAUCGUCGUGUAGAACAGUGAGAGGAUGACAGUGUAGGACAUCAGGAAGUUUGGUAUCUGGGACUUUGUGAUGCUGGCUCCUCAUUGCAAAGGGGGAAUAUUCAAACUGAACACAGUCUGAGUUAAGCCACCACUGAACUCAGAGUUCACAGAUAGAGCCAGAGUUAGUGGAACCUCCUUUCUGGAACCUCCGCGAUGAAGAUGCGGAUUGUACCACACAGUUAAACAUGGACUCGGCUCUAAAGAGACUGAAAGCAAUACAAAGGAGGUGUUCUUGUAUCCAUGGUGAUGCUUCACUGUGUCAAAGGAAAAUUCUGCUGCUUGUUGUUUUAAAUAAUCAACCUGGAUUUCAUCUUCAAGUCUUUCCACAAGUCUGUGAGCAGGUUCUUAUGAGAGCCUGUAAAACAGAAGCUGUUAAACUCGUUUUAACAACUCCACAUUAUCACGCCUUCUCCAGGAGAUGUGUAGGCUUAAGGCAGGGUGUGCAUCAGGAGCAACGCCGACAUGUUCCUAAAACCAAACUAGUUGUCUGAAUGAUAAACCAUGCACCUAUCAGCUGAAACCACCUUUCUGCUACUGUGUGUGUGUGUGUGUGUGUGUGUGUGUGUGUGUGUGUGUGUGUGUGUGUGCGUGCACUCACCAGAACGUACACGUGAGAAUCUAAACACACAGCUUACACUCACUAAUAUCUUCUUCCAGCUAAAGCAUCACAUCAAGCUCUGGCUGAUGGGACAUGACCCAACCCUCUUUAUUAACAUUAACGUUAACAUUUAGGUCAACAACUACACAUAAUACAGCUUUGCUGCUCUUUCUGCUUUCAUUGCCUCUGACGCCUUCGAUAGCGCUCACAUACUAGACUAUCCUGUCUCUCUGGGUACUGCUGCCCCUCAGAACGCAUGUUAGAUCAGACCGGUGGUUUCCCGUGCUGGGGUCAGGCCAAUAAGCUCCUGAGAGGAGCUGAAGACAUCAGAUAAAAUAAAACAGUCCUUCCUAAGAGCAUCAUUUCACUAUAGUUGAUAUUCACCAGCUCCAACAGCCACAAGUGGACAUAUUCAGUAUAACUGGACUUAAAGAGUUCGUGUUUCCAUCAUGUUCAUGUUGAGUUAGCCUUUUAGCUACAUUAGUCAACCAGCAAUAUUUGAGUUUACACGUUUUUGUGGGUUACAGAUUUAGACAUGUUUAGGAGUUAAUCUUUGCUUUCAGAACAGACCCCACAUUUAAGGCGUGUGCAGCCUCUGAAAUAUCUAAUUGCUACACCGGUUCCUCCGGGGUGAUGGGUGGAUCUUUAACAGCAUCUACGGCAACUAAACAACAGAACAGUAACACGGUUAAAGCUACUGAGGAGCCCUCUCUACAUCAGAGGAGAAUCACGGUAAAGCUAACAGGAUGAUGGGGGAGUGUAGACACGAGGGGAGGUGGGUGACAAAUAGUUAGGGGUAAUUAUUUACAUGAAACAAAAGAAAAAAAAGCCAACUGUGAAAGUUAAGGCUGAGACAAACCAAACGCCACCUAGUGGCUGGCUGCAGUACCAGGUUUUAAGCCCCGCCCCCUCCAUAUAAAUCAAAUGAAUACUUUUCCCAACUAGAAAACAAAAACUUACCUCGGAUCAUUUUUCAGGUGUUUGCUCCUGUCGACCCUCAGAGGUGGCUCUUGUGCUGCCGUAUGUCCAGAUGUUUAAUGUUCUUACAGAUUUAGCCUUAAUUCGUAAUUCCAUCUUCAUGUGUAGGCGGGGCUUUCAGUAGACCGGUUUCAAAAUUGCAACACGUCAGCACCUGUAAACAGAAUUAAAAUAAAAUCAAUCAUUGUUUCUUUUGUAAAAAUAAAAGGGAGGGGGUUGUUGCCAGAAUUUACCUCUGCUGGACUCAUCAGACUCAUCAGACAGCAAUGCUGUCAUGGUGGAUGCUGGGAGCCCCCAUCGGCUCUGGUCUGUCCCUCUGUGCCUCUCAGCCUAUCAAAGCUAAUGAAACAUAAUUCAGAUGAAGUCUUAAUUUCCACCACAGUUCCUAGUGAAUCCCCACUCAGCCCUGUUUAAUAUCCCCCCCACCCCCCCACCCCCCCUCUGUGUGUAAGCUUCAUGUGUGUGUGUGUGGAGGUACUGGAGUGGGCCUGCGCCGUAAUGGCUAACGGGUCCUAGGUGUGUUGUUUCAAAGAGUUGGAAUCGUUAGCUGGAAUCAACAUCUUCCCGGUGGAUGAGUCGGUUUCAAGGCCAGCAGAUGGAUGUCUAACACUCCAUCUCGAUGCUAGAUUACGUUUUAAUUCAUUUUGAUCAGGCUUUUAAGGUUUCUUUUUGGCAGCAUCUCAAAGGCAGCUUAUAUCACUUUGUUGCUCAGUGAGCGUCUGACUCAAAAACCUCUGAGUGCAGCAGCAGUGUGUGCUGUCAGACUGUGAAAAGGCUCCGCGUACGGCCUCGUCCACUUGGGCGGAAACGGUCGCAGCCCUUUAAACGUACGGUGGACUCACUGCAGUGCCAAACUUCCUGAGUUAGGCUCCACAGUUUGGGCUGUUUGCUUUUCUAAAAGAAGAUUUUUAGGUAAGUCCCAGAGUUUUUGUGCCCCCAACACACAGUCUCAGUCUAGUUCUCAUGAUAUCAAUUAGAAUGUGUGAUUUUCUGUAGAGGAUCACAGCGUAGGGAGCAUUUUUCAGUCAGAUCGAAGGAUUUGUGUUGUUAUUCCUGCAAACAGGAAUGUUGCUAAACACGUUUUAAACGGUUGCUGCUUGUGAACGCUCUGUGUUGAUCUCAGUAGAUAUUUGUGAAACACAGAUUUGUCAUUGUCGCUUUAAUUGGUUUAUUGGUAGCUUCAUUGGUUUGGAUCUCCUUGAGCCCACCUCCCGCGACAGUACAGACUGCAGCACAGCUGACAUAGAACCAGGCACAGUCGGUCAAGAUCAGGAAAUCAAUUCACCAAACUAACCAGAUAUUUAUCAAUGAAAAACACGUUUUUGUUUGACAUAUUUGAGCUCAGACCGAAACUGCUGCUUUCUCACCUAUUUCUGUGGAUUUGUCCUAAAACGUUUACAUAAUGUUAAAUAAAGGUGGGCCUAUGCUGCUGCUUGUUUCUGGUUUCCAGCUCCUUACACUGGUGCCGCUUGCAUUCGUUAUAGAAACCUUACAGCAGGUUAGAAACGUAUUCCCCGAGGCGUAGAUCUACCAAGUCUUUACCAGCUGUGGCAGAUUUUCAUUUCCUUUGAUAUGGAUUUAGUAAAUCUGCAGCCAUGGCAGAUUUUCUGUUCAACUCCAACAACAUCAGUAAGACAGACUCAUUGUUUGGAGACUGAAAUUGACAUUUAUGGCGGUAAAAAUGUCAGAUUGUGCUGGUCGCGUUUCCAGUCACCCUCUGGCCUGCUGAUAAGGUGAUUCACUGUGUUUAGGAAUUCUUCCGAGAGCCUCUGAUCCUUGGAGGCUUGUUCAUGUUGGUCUCACAGCUGUGGAGGUGUUACUGACUGAAUGGGUGGUGUGUGUUUUUUUACUGGAAGUUACAAGAAAUAGCCCAGGGUUUGGUGUUUUAAACCGUCUAAAGCAAAAACCCAGUCAUCAUCAAGAAGAAGGAUUCAUGCAACAAGUAACGGAGAUUUCUAAAUCAACGAUAGCUCUCGUGGUUUCCAAGAUACUGGACUGGUUUAAACUAGUCGCUGAGAUUAGCAGUUUGGUGGCCACCAUCAGCCAACUUUUCUCAGCUUAUAAACCUCUUCACCAACAUCAUGAGUGUUUCUACAGCAACUGAGUUUGGUAGAAAGUUGGAAGACAUCCACUGUUGGCAAUAUCUCUCAAUUUAAAUGUUCUUAGACUCCAGACAUUUGAUGUAAACAGCUGUGUGCUGUUUUUUCUGUUUAGAAUAAACAUGCAACAAAACAACAAACUUGAAUGUAAAAUGAAAAAGGCUGUUUGUUUAGUUUUCACUAGCUAAAUAUUUGGUAAAUGAUUGAUAAAAGAAAAGCCACACAGCUGGUUAUUAUCACACAGGUUGUUUUGCGUUCAGAUUAAAAUAAGAAUCAUAAAGUUGUUAUACACAACCCACUCCCUAAGCCAUCUGUGCAAGUUAUAUUUAGUGUGUGUGUGUGUGUGUGUGUGUGUGUGUGUGUGUACUGCACAAGGACACGUGGUUAAACCCCUACUGUUCCUCCCUUUCAGUUCCCACACACAAUCUGUCAGUCCUUCUUGUUGUCUAAUACUGAAGGAAAGCAACAUAUCUCCUCAAACACACACUCACACACACUCGUCUGUACUGAAGAUGACAAAGGUAGGUCCUCGGUGGCCGUGUAAGGCUCCACUGAUGUCCUCUAGGGGACUCAUGAUGCAACUCACUGAAACUUGCCAUCAAACAGUCAUCCACAACCAAGUAGCCAAAAUGUCCUCCAGGUGCCACCGUCACUGUAACUAAACUAAAUGUCUUUAUUCUCUUUCUCUUCUUCAUUGACAGCUAAUAUUUGAAGUCCACUAAGAAAUAGCCACUAAAGUCUCCAGUGAGAUGUUCACUAAGGUUUAAUUGAGAACAUUAUGACAGUACUCAACACCACUCAUCCCUCCUUUCUCCUUCUCCUCUGUGUAUCCCAGCAGCCACUGUGCUCCUGCAGCCACUGUGCUCCUGCAGCCACUGUGCUCCUGCAGCUACUGUGCUUCUGCAGCCACUGUGCUCCUGCAGCCACUGUGCUUCUGUAGCUACUGUGCUCCUGCAGCCACUGUGCUCCUGCAGCCACUGUGCUCCUGCAGCCACUGUGCUCCUGCAGCCACUGUGCUCCUGCAGCCACUGUGCUCCUGCAGCCACUGUGCUCCUGCAGCCACUGUGCUCCAGCCUCUCUUUUUGCUUUCUUUAUUUGGUGUCGUUUUAUUUAUUGUCAUCAUUUCAAAGGUUGUUUUCCCUCUGUUGCUUAUGAUAACAUUUAUUUCUGUCUUCCUCUUUGUAAAACUGACUCUUUUUGUUAACUUCAGCCACUGCUAAUGUAACAAAACGCACUGUGAUGAUUCCAGUAUUAAUAAAGUUGUACUUAAACUGUG